AUGAUCGAAAAAUGGAACGAGAUAAUAGAGCUUUUUCGUGCGGGGAUGCCUUUACGGAAGCAUCGGUGUCGCUUCAAGAGCUACGAGCGUUGCUUCAAAGCCUCGGAGGCCGUGGACUGUUUACAUGAGCUGCUUGGCUCUAACCAAAACUUUGGCCCAGAAGUGACUCGCAGUCAAACGGUUAAACUGCUUAAAAAGUUCCUGAAAAAUCAUGUUAUUGAGGACAUUAAAGGAAGAUGGGGCAAAGAGGAGUUUCAAGAUGAUGGCCAUUUAUAUAGAUUUCCUCCUUCCUCACCACUGAAGCCGUAUCCAAAGAAACCUCCAUGUGGAAAGGAAGUCAUUAAAUUUCCAGGCUGGGAUGAACCGAAGGCUGGCAGUUCCCAAGAACACAUCCCAGCGAAAUCAGUCACAAUGAAUGCUGAGAUGUGGUACAAGAGACACAGUAUAGCUAUAGGGGAAGUCCCAGCAUGCAAACUUGUGUUCCGCAGAGAGGUAACGCAAACAAAUGUACAAGAGAUAUGGAAAUCCAUGACUUUGGCCCGAUUACAAAAGGUCUUGGGUUUGAAUUCCCUGAAUGAAGUACUAGACACAAAGCUUGUGAAUUCAAAGCAUAUAGUCCAAAAUGCAUACAAUGUCAAUAAGCAAGGCAUUGUCGUCUUAGAAGACAAAUCAAAGGACCUACCUCACUGGAUAUUAUCAGCAAUGAAAUGUCUAGCAAAUUGGCCCAGCUGCUCAGAUUUGAAGCAGCCUACAUACUCAGGAUUUGAAAGAGAUGUCUUUAAAACUAUAGUGGAUUACUUUGGCCAGAUGAAAGAACCUCUUCUUACAUUUAAUUUUUUUGAUGUUUUUGUGUGUGUGUUAGGACUGCUGCAAAAACACAGCAAGGCUGUAGAAGCUCUUCAGAUAUCUUGUCUCCUGCUGCCACCAGAAAAUCGGAAAAGACUACAGCUGUUGGUUAGGAUGAUGGCAAGAAUUAGCUUAAACAAGGAUUUGCCACCUCUUUCUGAAUCAGUGAGGACCAGAGCUUUGAUGGUUCAGGCCUUUUCCCGUUGCAUUCUCUGCUCAAAGGAUGAAAUAGACUUGGAUGAACUGCUUGCUGCUAAACUAGUAUUUUUUCUCAUGGACAAUUAUCAAGAGAUCUUAAGUGUUCCUUCUGCCCUAAAAUCUUCUGUAGAGGAACAUGUUGUACAACUCCAGAGAGUCCGAAUAAAAUAUGCUGAAGUUGAUACUGAUUCAACUUUUUCACCUCCAUCACUUUGUCACCAAAUCAGCACAGAAGAAUUUGAAUACCAAAGGGCAACUGACUCUCAAGAACCACUGGCAGCUUUAUUAGAAGAAAUUGCCAUGAAUAAAGAAAUAUCUGUAAAAGAUAAGAAGAAACAGCUCAAGCAAUUUCAGAAGACAUACCCUGAAGUGUACAGAGUACGAUUUCCUACCCCUGAAACUGAAGCGGUAUUAUUUCCAGAAAAAAAUAAGCAGAAACCACCGAUAUUAUGGGCCUUAAAAAAGCCUUUUCAACCAUUUCACAGAACCAGAAGCUUUCGGAUGUAA